CUUUGAAGAAGUUUGGGGAAAAAAGUUUGGAAAAGCUUCUAUAAUAACGAGGGGGCGUCCGGAGGGAGGCGGCGGCGGCCGAGGGGGCGUCUCAGAGCAGGGGAGGGAGGGAGCCGCGGGUGAAGGUGCGGCGCCUCCCGAGCUCCCCCUCCCACCCAGCCCGGGACCUGGGGGCUCUGGCCGGAUCCAUGGGGGCAGCGAGCUGCGAGGAUGAGGAGCUGGAAUUUAAGCUGGUGUUCGGGGAGGAAAAGGAGGCCCCCCCGCUGGGCGCGGGGGGGUCGGGGGAAGAACUGGACUCAGAGGACACCCCACCAUGCUUCCGUCUGGCCCUGGGGGAGCCCCCUCCUUAUGGUGCUGCCCCUAUUGGCAUACCCCGGCCUCCACCCCCUCGACCUGGCAUGCACUCACCACCACCCCGUCCUGCCCCCUCACCUGGCACCUGGGAGAGCCAGCCUGCCCGGUCAGUGAGGCUGGGGGUGUUGGGAGGAGGACCUGGGGGGGCUGGGGGAGGCCGUGUGCUUGAGUGCCCCAGCAUCCGCAUCACCUCCAUCUCUCCUACGCCUGACCCACCAACCACGCAGGAGGACAAUCCUGAUGCCUGGGGGGACGGCUCCCCCAGGGAUUAUCCCCCACCGGAAGGCUUCGGUGGCUACCGAGAGGCAGGGGGCCAGGGCGGGGGCCCUUUCUUCAGCCCAAGCCCUGGCAGCAGCAGCUUGUCCUCCUGGAGCUUCUUCUCUGACGCCUCUGACGAGGCAGCCCUGUAUGCAGCCUGUGAUGAGGUGGAGUCUGAGCUAAAUGAGGCAGCCUCCCGCUUUGGCCUGGGCUCCCCACUGCCCUCGCCCCGGGCAUCCCCUAGGCCAUGGACCCCCGAUGAUCCCUGGAACCUGUAUGGCCCAAGCCCGGGAGGCCGGGGGCCAGAGGAUAACUGGCUACUCCUCAGCGCUCCAGGGCCCAGUCCAGCCUCCCCACGGCCUGCCUCUCCCUGUGGCAAGAGGCGCUAUUCCAGCUCUGGAACCCCAUCUUCAGCCUCCCCAGCUUUGUCCCGGCGUGGCAGCCUGGGGGAGGAGGGGCCUGAGCCACCUCCACCACCCCCCUUGCCUAUGGCCCGGGACCCUGGCUCCCCUGGUCCCUUUGACUAUGUGACUGCCCCACCGGCGGCGGCGGAGAGCAUCCCCCAGAAGACCCGGCGGACUUCCAGUGAGCAGGCUGUGGCACUGCCUCGGCCUGAGGAACCUGCCCCGUGCAAUGGGAAGUUGCCUUCCGGACCAGAGGAGGCUGGGGCUCCUCCUGGGGGUCCUCGGAAGGAGGUGGCUGGCAUGGACUACUUGGCGGUGCCCUCCCCACUGGCUUGGUCCAAGGCCCGGAUUGGGGGACACAGUCCCAUCUUCAGGACCUCUGCCCUACCCCCUCUGGACUGGCCACUGCCCAGUCAGUACGAACAGCUGGAGCUGAGGAUCGAGGUGCAACCCAGAGCCCACCACCGGGCUCACUAUGAGACAGAGGGCAGUCGAGGAGCUGUUAAAGCUGCGCCUGGUGGUCACCCGGUCGUCAAGCUCCUAGGCUACAGCGAGAAGCCACUGACCUUACAGAUGUUCAUCGGCACUGCAGAUGAAAGGAACCUGCGGCCUCAUGCCUUCUAUCAGGUGCACCGGAUCACGGGCAAGAUGGUGGCCACGGCCAGCUACGAAGCCGUGGUCAGUGGUACCAAGGUGUUGGAAAUGACCUUGCUUCCUGAGAACAACAUGGCAGCCAACAUUGACUGUGCUGGAAUCCUGAAGCUUCGAAAUUCAGACAUUGAGCUUCGGAAGGGCGAGACAGACAUCGGGCGCAAGAACACUCGUGUGCGGCUGGUAUUCCGGGUACACGUGCCACAGGGCAGCGGGAAGGUUGUCUCCGUGCAGACAGCGUCGGUGCCCAUUGAGUGCUCCCAGCGCUCUGCCCAGGAGUUGCCCCAGGUGGAGGCCUACAGCCCCAGUGCCUGCUCUGUGAGAGGGGGUGAAGAACUAGUGCUGACUGGCUCCAACUUUCUGCCAGACUCCAAGGUGGUGUUCAUUGAGAGAGGCCCUGAUGGAAAACUGCAGUGGGAGGAGGAGGCCUCGGUGAACCGGUUGCAGAGUAAUGAGGUGACACUGACCCUGACUGUCCCAGAGUACAGCAACAAGCGAGUGUCCCGGCCUGUCCAGGUCUACUUUUAUGUCUCCAAUGGACGGAGGAAGCGCAGUCCUACCCAGAGUUUCAAGUUCCUGCCUGUGAUCUUCAAAGAGGAGCCCCUGCCGGACUCAUCUCUCCGGGGCUUCCCUUCAGCAUCGGGCCCCCCCUUUGGCACUGACAUGGACUUCUCACCACCCAGGCCCCCCUAUCCCUCCUAUCCUCAUGAAGACCCUGCUUAUGAAACUCCUUACUUGUCAGAUGGUUUCAGCUAUGGCACACCCCCUUUGUACCCCCAGACAGGGCCCCCACCAUCCUACAGACCUGGCCUACGGAUGUUCCCUGAGACUGGGGGUGCCACAGGUUGUGCCCGUCCACCUCCGGUUUCCUUCCUUCCCCGGCCCUUCCCUAGUGACCCCUACGGAGGACGGGGUUCCCCUUUCUCCCUGGGGCUGCCAUUCCCAUCUCCGGCCCCCUUUCGGCCUCCUUUACCUUCAUCCCCACCUCUUGAAGGUCCCUUCCCUCCCCAGAGUGCUCUUCAUCCCCCACCUGCUGAGGGCUACAAUGAGGUAGGGCCAAGCUAUGGCCCUGGGGAGGGGGCUCCGGAGCAGGAGAAAUCCAGGGGUGGCUACGGCAGCGGCUUCCGAGACAGUGUCCCUAUCCAGGGUAUCACGCUGGAGGAAGUGAGUGAGAUCAUUGGCCGAGACCUGAGUGGCUUCCCUGCAUCUCCUGGAGAAGAACCUCCUGCCUGAACCGUCGCCUGGCAACCCCAGACCCCUCCCCUAGCCUGCCCACUUUCCCUUCGUCCUGGGUGGUGGUUCCAGAAGCUUGGGGUCAACCUGAUUCCUCUUUCCCCAGCUUUUACCUCCUCACCCCCACCUUUUGUCCCUCCCCACCCCGACUGAGGUGUGAUCCCCGGACCUGGUGCUGUCUUGGAGGACUGGGGGAGGGAGAGCGUGGACAACCAAGCUGGGGUGGGCCCUGAGGCUGUGUUCAAGGAUGGUGCGGUGAGGGCUGUGUCUAGAUUGUCUACUGGUCAUGGUGCUGGGAAGCGGGGCAGGUUGAUGGGUAAUAAAUUGCUCAUUCACUAGCGCUUCAGGCUCCAGGAGUCUUUGGAGAAAGAGAUGGGAUGACUUCCUCUAGCCUGGUCUGAGGGCUUUAGAGGUUGGAAAGAGAUGGGAUGUGGCUGGGAUUAUUGCAUCCCAAAGAGCUUCUCAGCAGAGGGUCCUGGGGUGGGAUUAUGGGGUCAUAGGCUCCCUAAUAGCACAGGGUUGAGGGGUCAGGGCUUGAGUUGGCCUCUCCACCCCAGGGAUUCGGAUUCCUUUAGGAGCUUUUGCAUGGGACUUGGGAAUUCGUGUAUUUUCAAGUUGCUUUCUCUUGCCACCACCCAGAUUCUCAUUCACUGCCAAGGUCAGGAAACAUCUGUUGUCUAGUCCCUCUUCCUCAUUUUUCAAGGAGAAAUCUCAGACUCAGAGAGGUCUUACAGGCCAUAUAGCUAAUCAAGCAGGUUGAACCCUUUUCUCCUGAUCUUCUGCCCCAAAUCCACAUUCAGACAGCUUGGCCCACAGGCCUCAGUUGCAGGAGGCUUAUCUCCCUGGGGGAGGGUGGGCGGUGAGGGAAAGCUGGCAGGGAUCCAU